CGCGCCCUGUUUCUCUCGAGGAAGAACGUUUAGGAUUUUCAAGACAGCGGCAGACGGUCAGUUAACGAUCUCGCCUGACGGCUCUGUGAGGGCGAAUAAAGAGUGUCCUGUUUUUUGUCUUUUGUUUUUGUUGCAUUUAAUUUGUCCUGAUGUCCGGUGAAGUGGAGGCGAGCACGGAGGAGCAGCAGGAGAUGCAGGACACUGUUGUAAGUCCAGAAAAAGCUGAGGAGGUCAAACUGAAGGCCCGAUACCCCCAUCUCGGGACCAGGCCCGGGGGGUCAGAUCUUUUGCGAAAAAGACUCCAAAAAGGGCAGCAAAAAUACUUCGACUCGGGCGACUAUAACAUGGCCAAAGCCAAGAUGAAGAACAAGCAGCUCCCGACAACAGCGGCGGAGAAGACGGAGAUCACCGGAGACCACAUUCCCACCCCUCAGGACCUGCCGCAGCGGAAACAGUCUCUGGUGGCCAGCAAACUCGCCGUCUAAUGCGAGCGUGGACUUCUGUGCCAUUCCUGCUGUCUCCAUUGUGUUCCCUCAGCCUUAAUCGUUUUGUCUUUCUUUUGCUGUCUUUUCUGACUCUCUCUUUGUCUUCUGCCUGUAGAAACGCUCUCAAUAUAAUGUUUUAAGUAAGGGUAUAUGUACUGCUGCUACCAUCGCACUUGGAUCUAGCCGUACAGUCCGAUGUAUUGAUGGCAAGGUUUAAACAUGGGAAUCUGGCCAAAUAAGUCAGACCAGCAUUAUUUUAGGGUUUUACACUUUUUUUUUUUCUCCAUCACUUUUUGAUCAUCUUUGUUCUGUGCUUGUCUUGAAAUAAGACCUGCAUGAGUAGAUAACAUGGCCUGGACUUGAAAUAAUCACAUCCACCUCUUCUGCCAAAACUGUGCCUCUUAGAAGAAGCAAAAGGCCUCGUAGACGUUAGCUGAUUGAGCUGAAGAAAAUCCAAGCGCUCUUAAAGUUCGUUCGUUGAGAUUUGCUGUUUGCCUCCUACUUGUUAAUUAUGAAAACGACCUUAAAACUGUCAGUUUCUCUCGGGUGGCGUUUGUUUGCCCACACUGAGGAGUGUGUUGAUGAGCUCUGCGCUGGGUUCUCUAGGUUGUGUUGGCAGAACACCUGAGCUGUACAAACGUUUACUGUCACAACUGUGCCAUUUGUUUUGUAAAUAAACUAAGUUUUGCA